UCCAUCAUGGCAAAUGUAGAGCGACUCAAAAGCGAAGGAAAUGAACUUAUAGGCAAUGCAAAAUACGCAGAAGCAUACCAGAAAUAUUCAGAUGCAAUCGCGGCGAAGCCCCAGAAGAAGUCAACUCUCUCUAUCUUAUAUGCCAAUCGGUCGACCUGUUCUUUCUGCUUGGCUAACUACCUCGAUGCUGUCAACGACGCAAACCAGGCAACGGUUAUUGACCCUACGUACAUCAAGGGCUACCUUCGCCUAGCCGCUGCAGCAUUUGAGCUUGGACAUCUGAACAGGGCACUAACAACAUGGAAAAAAGGUUUAUCCUGCCUAGAAAAUGCAAAGUCACGGUCGACCGUCUCUUCCGACAUCUAUAAAAUCCAAAAGCUCGCUUUUGACACUGGUCUUGCGAAAACCGAAGAAGCAUUGAGGAAGAAACCAAGUCUCGACACCUCCAUACACAUCGGCGCAAGCUUGAUGGGUGAUGUUCCGACUGUCCGCGCACUUAAAUUGUUCCGGGGGAAUCAACUGAAGAAGAGCCCAAUACCGAGCAGCGCUUUCCUACUUCUUCGAGCGUCUGAGUUCUUCGAAGCGACUCUGAUACGUCUCCAGAGUGUCACUACUCGCCCAGAGCCUGGAGUACAAGGCUUUCUUGCACAAAUACGCCAAUGUGCUCACUCUCGCCUCCAGGUUAUCGCAGGAAUAGCCUCCUCUAUUCUCUGCGAUGCAAGAGCGCUGGUGAUGGGACCGGACCUUACUUUCUUUCAACAGCUCCAGGUCCAAAUGCAAUUUGAGGAACAGCAUUUCAAGUCUUUUGGAGCGGCACAAGUUGAAAAUGUCAAAGCAGAGGUUCAACGGCGGCUGAAGAACUCUACAUGGGAUGUAGUCUACCAGGCUAUCGCAGCCAGUGUCCGUAACUGGAUAGUUGCUGCGUUUCUGGACGUCAAGACGGGGAAGGAACUGAGUGCGGUUGAACAGACAAAAUGCGCGGUUCAAGUACUGGAAUGGGGUGCGGAGCAAUCCAACACGUCUGACUUCGAAAUAUUCAAGCCCACCUUCAUCCGUUCCGUUCGGCGUCUGCAUCUCUUCAAUGCCAUGAGCGCAUAUAUGCAAGGACGUGGCUAUUAUUCUUUGGAAGGGAUCAAAGCAAUGGCCCGCGACUUAAAAGAGGAAACAGAAACGAGCAUUCCGCAACCCUCGGACCUGAAAGAAGUCAACCCAGGGUCUUUCGCGGCAUUCCACGUCUAUCCCAUCGCUGAAGCAUAUGCCGCCAUCGCCUGGGCCCAUCGUUGUGUCGCGCAACAUGCGACAGGCGAAAAGGCAUCCAAAGAGUUUUUGAUAUCGUCCAGAUUCUACAUCAAGGCGGCGGACGCCUAUCCGGAAGACGAGGAAGAAAGACCGUUUCUGCUCUACACUGCUGCAGAGAACAUGUGGAAGGCCAAGUCGCCAUUGCGUGUCACCCUUCCUGUCUGUCGCCGCAUCAGAGAAUCUUUGGCAGACUCCGAUGUCAUCUGGGGUGGGUCUGGGGCCAGGCUCGGGGUCACUGCCGAUCGUGCUGCUCGUUGUCAGAGGGCCAUUACAUUCAUGCAGGACUGCGAACAGAAAAUUGCUGCAGGAGUGUUAACUCUGGACGAUUUAAAAAUACCUGCCUUCAUCUGA